AGUAUACGAUAUUUGCCGUCAACAUCAACCAUCCCUAAUGUAAAUAAGAAACGUGUUGGAAUUGAGUGGACGUUUUAGUAAAUAAAUUAUUUCUGUAAAUAUGAGCAAUAUUGUUCAAUAUAUUGUGGUACGGAGCGACUUACGAUCUGCACUCAAUUGGCCAAUGGGGGCAGUAAUUGCGCAAUGCUGCCAUGCAGCAACUGCUGUGAUGCAUUUGAAUGCCGGCGACUCCGACACCGUGGAGUACCUGAACGACCUGGACAACAUGCAUAAAGUGGUUCUGGAGGCCAAAGAUGAGGCGGCUCUGGUCAAGCUAAGCGAAAAAUUGAAGGAAAACGAGAUCAAGCACAAAUUGUGGAUUGAGCAGCCGGAAAAUAUUCCCACCUGCAUUGCCUUGAAGCCCUAUGUAAAGGACACAGUUCACAAAUAUGUGAAGAACUUCAAACUCCUGAAGGCGUAGUAUGAUACGAGGAUAACUAUCAAAUCAUGAAAAGCUGAAAGCGAUUAUCCGGGUUGGCUGUUUCAGCGAUGAAUAAAUGCCUAUGAAUAAAAAUAAUGCAAUGAA